CUUGCGAAUGUCUAACGACGAUGUGGUCUACCUUACUCAGCAAGAAGCUACGUGGUUGGCAUCCCGCCGCUUCAUGUUUGAAAUAUUGAGGUUAAAGUGAAUCCUAUCUCUAUGGAGUCUUCGAAAAGCAUCGGAAGGUGAAGAGCUGGUUUAGUCAUGAGCGAUGCAAUGAAUUUCUUCAGUGCAUUGUUGUCGUCUUCCAUUAUGUUUCUAGUUGCUUACGAUGUCCGGAGUGAAAAUAUCAGGUUUAGGUUUAUAGCUUAAUCAGUCAUCGUGUUAAUUAGAUGUGGCACAGAUAUCGUUGUCCGGUCAUAAUGUCGUGCGAUAGAGAUCGAUUGCAGAGGGGAACUCUUGAUUUAAAUAAACUUUUGUUGCCAGAGAGCUGAAUCUUAACCCUUUUUACAACCUUGUAACGGGCCCUUGCAGCAGCUUUAUUCUGUGGGCCCAUAAACUCCCUUUGGUCCAGUCACUUCUUUAAGAAUACGCAAUUUCUUAGAUGAGAAUAAUAUCAGGAUGUCCACACGGCAAGUUCUGCUGCAAGCGAUUUUCAGGCUCCUCUGGUGUUAAACUUCAUGAUAAUGCUGCAUUUAAAUGCCCUCGCCUGUGUACCGCCAGUAAUGACGAUUGCGAAGAUCUUUGAAAGACACUUCCCUUCGUUUUCUCUUCUAUCAACAGCGUUGGAUGGAACGGACAUGGAUACGCCCAGAAAGAAUCUAGUUUGUGGGUCGCAUGUCACAUUAAUAUGAAUGCUGAGGUUGCCGUCACAAGCAACAUCAAAGUUGGGCGCAAAACUCCUCGGAGCUUGUAGCUGGAGCUGACCUAUAUUCUAUCUCAGGUCGAAAUGGCAGCGUUGUGCUUCGACCGGAGCCCCUCCGGUAGACCGAAUGUCACAAAACCGGAGGCUGGUGGGUUCUCUCGGAUGAACAUGAUGCCUUCUCCUUCCUACGACUACGUGCAGAGCUCUGUCAAGGCAUGUUCCAUCUUCCCACCCACGCCGGAGCGGGCCUCAGUCUACGAGCUCUCUGUCCUGGACCUGACUUACAAGGUGAUUUCGAAGGUAACAGGUGGAGAAACGAGAGAGAAAGUCCUGCUCAACAAUGUGACGGCUAAUGCCAACCAUAGUGAAGUGCUUGCUAUUGCAGGACCUUCUGGUUCCUCAAAGACAACAUUUCUGGAUGCGCUGGCCGGGCGUAUUGAUCGUAAUAGUCUUAAAGGCCAGAUUCUAGUAAAUGGGAGGCCCAUGGAUUCAGCAUUCAAGCGCGUGUCUGGGUAUGUUAUGCAGGACGAUGCCCUGUAUCCCCAUCUAACGACUCGAGAGACUCUCAUGUUCAGCGCGCGGCUUAGACUUCCUGGGAGCAUGAAAUUUGAGGAGAAGCGGCAGCGAGUAAAAUCCUUAAUUGUGAUGCUUGGUCUCACCGCUUGUGCUGACACAUACGUUGGAGACCAGAAGGUGAGAGGAUUGUCGGGUGGAGAGAGACGUCGCGUCUCUAUUGGAGUGGACUUGAUUCAUGAUCCGGCUGUUUUAUUCCUGGAUGAACCCACUUCCGGCCUGGACAGCUCAUCCGCUUUGCAUGUUAUGUCGAUCCUCUCUCAAAUGGCUGUCCAGCGCCAACGAACUGUUCUCUUGACCAUCCACCAACCUAGCUACCGUAUUCUUACCACAAUUAACAAGUUUUUGGUGCUGGCGAAGGGCAAUGUCGUUUACCACGGCCCGGUCUCGGGGAUGGUCACUUAUUUCAACUGCAUUGAACGUGGCAUGCCAGCACAUGUGAACGUGGUCGAAUACGCACUAGAUCUUAUUGAGGAGGCGCAGGACUAUCCCAAUGGGCUUCAGCGCCUUGUGGAAUACCAAAGGAAGGCAUACGCAGUUGAGGAGAACAGAGAGAAAUUCACCUACCAAGCAAUGUCAGCAGGGUUCACCGAUAAGGACCCAAAUCCUGUAUUUGCGAAUUCGUUCAUACCAGAGACGGCGGUUCUCAUGCACCGCGAGUUGCUGACCGUUCUCCGCACUCCAGCCAUUUUCUAUAUCCGAGUCAUUUUGGCAGUACUUUGCGGCUCUAUAUUGGGCACACUCUUCCUACACGCCAAGAAGGAUCGCAAGGGAGUCCAACAACGCCAAGGGUUCGUCAGCUUCACACUGGCUUUCAUUGUCUUCACCGCUAUCGAUUCCCUUCCCAUUUUCUUGAAAGAGAGACAGGUAUUCAUACGUGAGACAUCGCGGGGGGCUUACAGAACAUCAUCUUACGUCUUGGCAAAGCCCAUAGUCAUGCUACCGUUCCUACUUCUGGUGGCAGUGAUCUACACGAGCACUUCCUACUUCUUGGUUGGCAUGGUGAUGAACGUGAACGCAAUUCUCUUAUACGUCCUAAUGCUCUUCCUGACAUUUUGUGUCGCCGAUGCCUUCGUUGCCUUCAUUGCAAGCCUGGUUCCAGACAUGUCUGCUGGACAGCCUGCUGUGUCAAGUAUAUGUGCCUUCUUCUAUCUCUUCUCCGGAUUGUAUAUUCUGAGAUCUGCUAUUCCGAAGUACUGGAUCUGGUUUCACUACUUGUCGAUAUUCAAGUAUCCCUAUGAAGCAAUCAUGCACACCGAAUUUAUGGCUCAGAAAAAUGUAAUCUGGUACAACAAUAUGGACUCAAGUAGGGUCCUCUCAGUCGUCUUUUCGCUAGGAAAGGUUCACGUAUGGGCUUGUAUUGUUUCUAUGGUCUGUUUCGCUGUUGGAUAUCGGCUGCUCUUUUAUAUCUCUUUGAGAUGGCACACGAAGAAUAUAAGAAAGUAGGGAUGUGAACAAUCUGAUGUUUUAAUUAGGAGGAACACAGCUGGGUUUUGAUUAAUGAGGGAUUUUUAUAAGAAAGUGAGAAGGUUAUUUGCGUUACUCGAGCAACAAGUCGACGAUGCCUUAAUAUAUAUUUGCUCGUAGUACUGUGGCUAUAUGUGACAAUGACGUGAGUAUCUUCUGCAACGUGGACACUGAGAAUAACUGAUACUGAGGGCUUGAAGAUACCAUUACGGCAACCCGUUUGAAAUGUAAGCGGAGUUGUGACUUGUAAAACAAUGUUAGUCGUUCAAGAAUGAGGGGAACCAGCAACAGCUUCACUCGCUCUCACUAGAAAAUCUUUUAAAGAGCUGUACUUUAGUUAAUUAUUUCACCCUCAAAUUGUGUUCUAGAUUCAAUAAAACGGCUGAUUUCACUCACCGAGGCCCGUCACAGUGGAAGUAUUUCUCAAGUUGUGGAUCUGUGUCCACCUAGAUUCGUAUUAGAAUUGUUAACUGUGCCACAUCCAUGAUUUGGUAGUCUAUAUUCAAGCACAUGUGCAAAUUGCACAUC